AUGAAUACCGAAUCCAAUGAAGACACCUCAGAACUUCCUCACCAAAGCUCUACUGAUUCAAUUUCUCAUGGUGACACUAGAAAUGAAACCGAAGCACACUUGCACUAUUUCUGGAGACUUCAGAGACAAGGCGUCGAUAAUGAUCCAAGAGAAAUCAUAAAGUAUUCGAAGAUCCCAAUUGAACAACGUAUAGUUUAUUGUGACGGUUUCAAAUACAGGCCUUCGUAUAUCGUUUACCAAAGACGAUCAAUUGCACCUGAACAUGAUGACGAUACUGGGAAUCUUAACACCCCAUUAGAGCCAACCGCGGGAUCAGUGACAGUGCCAGAUCCAAGUCCAGUGCUAGCCCCGAUGAAAAAAAAUUUUAACAUCAUUAGUUGGGACGGGGAACGUCGUUACCACAAUCCUAGUCUUAGAUGUAGUCCGAAGUGUAUCGGUUGGACUGACGAUCAACUCAUUCAUGGAAACGAGAUAAUCACUGAUGAUGAUACGGUUGCAUAUGAAGACGAAGAUGGGGAAGCCUUUUGUAAUCCUCAAUCUAUCAAUCCUGAUGAACUCACAUACAUUGAUAAGACCCAUGACGACGUUUUAAAGAGAGCUAAUCCUUAUGCAGAUCAACUUCAAAGUAUCACACAUCUUAUAAAAUCUAAUCAAAAUGUAACUAAAACAGGUGAAAGACGAUGGGCGAUCAAUUCAUUCUCCACAAAACCUGAAAAAGUCGAACCAUCCUUCAUAUCACCUAUCAAAGAUUGGAAUGAGGAUGUGAUGCAGAAGAGUGCCACAGCCAAUCGCAAAGUAUCCCAUCUGCACACCGAGAACGUUGCGGAUCCGACUGAUUCGCAUGUGGCUGAUGCUAAACAGAUUUUUACACGAAUAAAGGAUGGUACACAAGACAACUUCCGAUACAGGACAGAGCAUGAUUUAGAAUUCCUGAAAUGGAGCAGGGAUAUCGAGACUGUUGGACCUAACGAUAGUGUCAGUACAAGGAACCACGAUAUCUCGACAAACAAAGAUACUUCGACACAAGGUGAAUCGGCAGAGAAAGUUAUGGGUCAAAUUGCUGGUUUGUCGACAUUGGAUUUGAGUGAUAAUGCGGAGUGUGUCGAUAGUGACGAUAACGACGAAAAUGGUUCUCAAGUGUCACUCGCUCCUCUCACGGUCCAAAUUUAG